AUGUUUGAUGAAUAUAAGGAUGAAAAAGAUGCAAAGCAUGAGGAUUCAAAUGACUUAUUGAAUUCAAUUAAAGACGAGAACGAAGUUUCGCAAAAUGACAUCGAUGAAUCAAUUGAUGAAUCAUCAUUGAAAGACUUUGAAGAAUUUCAGACUAAAAUACAUUCAUUCUCUAACUCUCCACAGGAUAUUUUAUACCUUUAUAAUAGUUUAAUUCAAAAUAACAAUAGUGAUUUAGAAUUAUUUCAACAAAAGUUGAUUACUAUUGAAGAACUUGGAAUAUUACCACAAAUAAUUAGCUCUAUUCCUAACUUUGCACCUGAAAUUAUUGCUAUAUCUAUUGAAAUCAUAAAUUUAUUAAUUUCUACCUCAGACGAUUUAAUGAAAUUACUUACAGAAAUGAAUGGCUUUCUCAUGAUAUGCGAUAUCUCACUUGCAAAUAUAGAAAAUCUGCAAAUCGUCAUUAAUUGCAUCGAAUUCAUUAAAUUAUUUAUAGUUUCGCCAUCAAAUGACGAAAUAAUAUACUGUACAUGCGAAAAUGAAGUAAAUCCUAACUGUGUUUACUGUAAAUUGAUCAAUUUUCUUGAAAAUAUGAAAAAUCUUCUACAAUCGAAAAUUUACGAAUCCACGAGUUCGCUACUUGUUUCUUGCUUGAAUGUAUAUACUGAACGAAAUUACGAAAGAAUUCUUCAACUUUCAAUUGAUUUUAUUUCGAUUUCCAUUCAACAAGAAACAACAGAUGAUUUCCUAGCUAAAACAGUUUCAAACAUAACCAAUGGACUCAAACAAUUCGGAGAUGAAGAUGAUGAAAACAAAUUUACAAUUAUUAAAUUCAUUUUCGAAUCAGAAUUGCGAAACAUUCUCUUCCAACAGGAAUAUUCCACUCUAAAGAUACCAAUUUUCAAUUUAAUUAGUCAAUUAUUCCAAGAUCUGAUUAAUCGAAAAUUCGACGAACAUACAAACUCAAUAUAUGAUCUUAUGAACAAAUGCAUAGGGACUAUACCAUUGGAAUUCAUUACAACAUAUUUCAACGAAAAAUCAAAUCCAGACUUUUUGCCUUCAAUUGUUCAUUUAAUGACAAUCAUUGUUCAAGUACCAGUGACAACAAGUACAUUAGAUCCUGCUCUCCAAAAUGACAUAAGAUUCAAUAAUUUCAUUAUUGACCAUCUUAUCAACCAUGUUAUGUUUCUUUUGGACUCUGGCUCACUGAAAACCAAAGAGCUUGCUAUAGAAUUUCUUGAUUUCCUGUCAAAUAUUCCUACUUCUUCAAUUUUGAUGCAUAAAUUUUUAUCUCAACAAGAUGAAACAAGCGGACAGCUAGAAUUCAUUGAUAACAUUCAUAUGCUUUAUGAACUUGGUGAUCCUGAGAUAAAAAGAAAAGUUGUUACAGUAUUAAGUCGAAUUCUCCAACUUACUAAUAAAGAAGAAGUCAUAGAGAAGAUUAAUAAUACCUUCUGCGAAGAAGAAGAUGAAGAUGAUGACUAUUAA